GUAAAGUAGUCGCGGAAGGAGUAGCAGUAGCAAAUUACUAAAAAGAGAGGGUGGGGGGUUUGGGAAGUGAAGUAAAUUCCUUAGAUGCUUCCUCCAUUUGUUCUCUCUCUCUCUAGAAGCAUUACGCGGCCGAAAUUUCCUUGAAUCUUUCCUCCUUCCUUCAGUCUUUCUUUUAACCCCUCCUCCCUCCUCCCUGAUCCAUCAUCCUGAUUCCUGGCCUUUUAGGGUUUUGUUCUCCCUCUCCAAUUCCUCUAACUUUCGCUUUUCAAUACGGCUUAUAAUUUUGCUUGAAGAAAAACUAGCCUUUGGUGGAAGAUGAUGACUGUGCUUCCCGUGAAACAGUUGCCGGUCGGUUACAGGUUCCGCCCCACCGACGAGGAGCUCAUCGAUCACUAUCUGCGGUUGAAAAUCAACGGUUUCGACAAAGAUGUCAGUAUUAUUCGUGAAGUUGAUAUUUGCAAACGGGAGCCUUGGGACUUGCCCGUCUUGUCUCGCGUAGAGUCAUACGACAAUGAGUGGUUCUUUUUCUGUCCCAAGGAUCGCAAAUACCAGAAUGGGCAGAGGCUGAAUAGGGCUACAAUGAAGGGUUACUGGAAAGCUACUGGUAAAGAUAGGAAUAUCAGGACCAGGAAAGGGACCAAGAUUGGUAUGAAAAAGACUCUGGUCUUUUACACUGGCCGUGCUCCAGAUGGCCAGAGGACUAAUUGGGUCAUACAUGAAUAUCGUGCAACCAAUAAGGAGCUGGAUGGUACCCACCCUGGACAGGGUUCCUUUGUACUCUGUCGGUUAUUUAAGAAGCAUGAAUUAAAGCAGGAUGAGACUGCUGAUGGUUCAAACUUGGAUGAAGUUGAAACAAUAGUUCCUUCUCCUACCACAGAGAAGUCGCCCCUUGAAGAUGGCAAUUCUGAGGCUUUAACACCAGUUGCAGGCAGUCAAGCUGAAGUGCAUCCUUCAAGUGCAGAAAGUUGUCCUGCCAAGGGGUCUGAUGGAGCAAUUGUUGUAAAUCCUUUGCCUACCAGUUGGCAAAAUGAUUGCUCACUUUCUGCUGAAGAAAAGGGUCAAGUGAUAGACCCAACGUGUAUCCAGUCAGAUCCAGAUCUGAUAGAGUCAUUAAGAGAUAUUUUUGAUGACCCUAUACCGGAGGCAUUGGACUGGAAAAUCUUCUCCCCGUUGCAUUCACAAGUUCAGUUGGAACUUGGAUCUGGUUAUAUGUGUAAUCCUGUCUCCAAUGACAUCAACUGUGAUGCUAAGAGCAUGGCUUCUCAAUAUGGGACAAAUACUUAUGACGUCAACAAGUUCUUGAACUCAGUUCUUGUUAACUCUGAUGAAUAUUCCUACGAAGAAUCCUGCAUUAAUGCAAUUUCAACUGUUGAAUGUGGAACUCCAGGGGAUACUAAGCCUAUGAAUGGAGCUUUUGUGAGGGAUGGUGGGUCCUGUAGUGAUUCUGAAGCGGAAGUGACGCAGGGACAGUUUGAGGCGGGCUUUUUUGAAAGUGAGUUGUUCAUGGGAAAUAUUGAAGGAUAUGGUACCCUUCAGAUGGCAAAUAUGGAGCAAGAUGCUCAUAGAGCUGAUGUUAGCAUUGACAACCAAGAGGGGAAGUUGAAUUUAGCGGGAAACAAUCAUCUUGGACACAACGCUUAUGCUGCUGUUUUCAAUGGCAGUGUUGUCCCUGACUUUUUAAGCACUGAAGUGCCUGGCGUUCACAACAAUGAUACUGGUACUGACAGCACUUCUGGUACUGGAAUCAAAUUAAGGAGUCGACAGUUCCAGAAUUUUUCCAACAACCCAACAUUUGCUGCCCAUGGAAUUGCCCCAAGAAGACUUCGUCUGCAGAAUAAACUUCAAAUUGGGCCAGUUCAGUGCAGCCUGCUUAGGGAAUCAGUUUGUACUGAAGAAAACGAUGAUGGACAAUCAGCAGUAACCGAGGUGCUGCAGGAUGAGAAGGCUACAAAAAGGAACACAGAUGCUGCUUAUACAGAAGAGAAGGGGGAUGUGCUGCUUAAAAAAUGUAACAAGAAUGUUGGUGGAAGUACAGUGGGUUUAAGGGAGUCUAGAGGUGAAUUUUUAUCGACUUAUAUCAAAAACUGCGUGCGCGCUCCAUCCAAGGAAGACUGGUUGCAGGUAGUUCCGUCGCCUAUGUUCAUGCGGAAGAUCUUUGUGAUAAUUACUAUACUUGUAGUCUUUAUUGGUAUUUGGCAGUUCUUUGGAGUUCAAAAAUAGGUGGAAAGCAUGCAGGUCUUUUUUGUUGUAUAGAACUUAAAGGUUGACGUCUUUUUUAGUCAGAGUUGAGUUGGAGAGGCUUCUUCGUCUUCUCAUGCUCGUAUUUGUAUCUAAUUAGCAGGAGUUUCAAAUAGCAAUGAAACAUUAGUAUGCAUACCACCCAGAGAAGCAAAUUUUGUAUUGUAAAAGUUUACUUUGGCACAGGGGAUUUUCAUUUCCGUAA